UCUUGUCUUGUCCUAUAAAUUUUCACACCUGAAUUGAGGUUCAGAAAACGCAACCAAUAAAAAAGAAAAAAUAAAAAUUUUAACAAGCAACAGAAGAACUGAAUUAAGAAAAGAAGAUGGCAGGAGCUUGUUUCAAGAUGGCAAUAUUAUUUUUAUUCAUAGCAUCAUACUGCAUGUCAAUCUCAAAUGCAUCAAGAUUAGUAGUAGAGCAAGCAAAUGGGUGCCGCUUCCUCUAUGAUUGCAUAAAUUUUAGAUGCGGGGAAGGGCGCCAUGCUCAAUGUAUUGACAACCAAUGCAGCUGCAGAUCAACACGGAAACCGGCACCAAUAAUAGUAAAUCAAGAGUGUGAAUCUGAGGCUGAUUGCAAACAACAUUCCUGUCCAAUAGGCUUAGCUGGUUGUUUAAGUGGUCGAUGCGUCUGCUUGCCAAGACAAGAAGACUCUCCUCAAAUUAUUCAUGAAGAAACCUUCAUGGAACAUGAUUCAGCUGGUAGAUGUCGCAACGACAAUGAUUGCAAAGCGACAUGUCCCCCUGGUUGCAGAUCCGCCAACUGUAUGAACGGUACAUGUUUUUAUAGUUGUUAAGCUAGUCUGCUGGAGAAGAUGUAUUUCCAUGAUUAAUGAAUAAGAAACACAAGAAGUCCUAUUUACUGUCAAGAAGGAGAUUAUGUUAAUCUUCUUACUAAUGAUCGUUGCAGAUUAUUCUUA